ACAGCAACUCUGUGACAGACAGCAGCCCUGCCCUCACUCGUUUCUUCAACCGUCGCACAUAAAGCGACAUAAUGGGAUCCUGCGCAAAACACAUAGCAGACAAAAUCGUUGACCAGCGCUCUGUUACCGAAUCUGGUUCUUGCAACUGAGCGCCUUUUCUACUCCGCAUUCUGACUACAUAUUUACAAAAGCUGAGCACCUUUCCAAAGCUUCUUUCUGUUCUAAGGGGAUGGGGGAAUGAUCAACCCCGACUCCCCAUCUCCAGCUCAGUUGUAUCAGUUGUAAGAGCGCUUUGCAGUAUGCCAUCCCCGAGAAGAGGUGUCGAUCACCGACCGAGAACCGCCGCCACGCUUCUAACCCAGGUUGCUGUCUUUGCAACCUUCGUUGCUAUGAGCGAAUGCAUGCCAGGGUCUUCUUCAGUAUGCCCGCGGAGCUUAGACUGUGCCCGAGCAGGGCGUCAUUUCUGCCAGCCGGGCAGCUCACACUGCGGCCCCUGCCUCAACCCGCUGGUAGAGAACUCACAUGGCAGAUGCAUAGUGAAGAGGAGAGACGCUCACGCCCCCCAUUUUGCGGGAAAAGUGACCACGUUCCCUGAAGUGGAUGAGGAGAUAGACUUCCUGUCCACCAUCAUCAGCCGACGGAAGGAGUCGGGGGUCAAACAUCCAGCUCCUCUCUCUCAGGAUUUUUCCAAAGCUGAGGAGGAAGAUGACCGAUCCAUGAUCCGCACCCAACGGCCUACCACAGAGCAGCCUACGACACACAGUACCACUACAGCCCCGUAUAACACGACUACUGCCGCCCCCACCACCACCCACAUCCCAGCAGUUCGUAGUGGGCCCCUGAUCAUCCCUUACCCCUCCAACGAUCAUGUGUUUAUUGUCAUGACCAGUGUGUUUGUGGUCAUGGGAUCUGUGGCCUUGCUCUUGGCUGGUGUCUGUUGGAUCAGGUUGCAGAGAGGUGUGCGCCUGGCUCAGAAGGCAGACUACCCUGCUUAUGGGGGUACGGGGCCCCAUUCCUAUGACAACAAUGUGCCUGGGGAUAAGAGGCUGGCUCAGAGUGCCCAGAUGUACCACUACCAACACCAGAAACAGCAGAUGCUCUCCCUGGAGAAACAACGGGAUGAGCCAAAGGUGCCUGACUCUGUGGCCACGUCAGAUGAGGAGAAUGAGGAUGGGGAUUUCACGGUGUACGAGUGUCCUGGAUUGGCCCCAACGGGGGAAAUGGAGGUGAAGAAUCCUUUGUUUGAUGAUUCCACCCUUCAGCGGAGCCACAAGUAACCCUGACAACCCUGGACAUUCUGAUAUGCACCUAUAAAAGAUGUCAUCCUACACGUACAGGAAGAUCAAAUCACACUUAAUUACUCAAACACCUACAAAUACACAUCGGGUUUCUCUAUACCUAGCCUGUCUCACAUGAUACACUCCUAACACGGUAGGGCGGCAGGUUUGUAAGGAGAGAAGGAAUGAGCAGAGGUUGUGAGAAAGACUGACUUGAAAAGGAGGAGGAAGAGAAGCGGUGGACUGUAUGGACAUUGUGUCUGAAUGGCAGAUUGAAGUGGCAUGCAGGUGAAUCUCCUUUUGGAUCGAACUGAUAUCUGGGACCCGUGACGUCUCUCGCACUUAGAAAACCUACAUGACGUUGUACUUUUCAGUCUGGCCUAAAAUAUCCAUUCCUUCGUAUUUUGUUAUGUUUAUCUUAUCUCUGGUGUAAUUGAUCCUGUAAAAUUCUCUCCGUUUUUUUUUUUUUUUUUUUUCUGUCAAACAUGUGCACACAUCAACCAACAAACUGACUGAGAGAUUAUGUGUAUGAUGAUGGAUAACAUUCUCCAAGUACUGCUCUCCCCUUCAGUCCUCCGCUGUCUCACCCCUGUACAGAGGAACUUCUGGGUCGUAUUCACUAGAAAUCAAACAGAAGAAAAUUGACAGAGGGACUAUACCUGAACUUUUCCAACAAGAAAUGCUGUUUUCUUUUUCCAUUGCAAAAUGUAUCGCUACAGUGUGCGCUAAUGAAUACAACCCUGCUUCAUACAACAGAUACCCACAGACAGGUUCAAGGAGAACAGUGAACUACAGUGGGAAAAGAAAGAUGUGUUAUGGGCCUAUAGGUAGUUGUAGACUUGAAAACUGCUCUUAGAAAUAAUUAUGGAACUGCAGACGUUAGUUCAAGCCUUUAGAAACGAAGAAUGGUUGGCAUAGUACAAUUAUAAGGCUGUCAGUGCUAAUCAUUGGCCAGACUAAAUGGCUGCAUUACAAAAGUCACCUCAUUCCCUAC